AUUCGCCUAAAUCUCUUAUUUUCCCCAAAAUAUUUAUGUUUCCUAAUUCAUAUUCAAAAAAAUAGAAACCUAAAACACAUUCAUCUCCUUCCUCAUUUUUCGUAAACCUCUUUCUCUCCUUGCUCUCUCUCUUGCCAUGAAAAUCCAGAAUACAAUCUCAUCAGAAAUGUUUGAUCAUUGUUGAGAGAAGAAAGAGUCAGAGAGAUGUUGGAGCGAGAGGUUGAGUUCUUGCCAAAAGUUGAUUACCACAAGAGAUUACGUUUUGGGACUGGAAGAGGCGUGUUAGAAACCAAACUCUGAAUUGGAUUAUAAAAGGUACAUGCCCAACAGUACCAGAAGCAACAAGGAACAUACACUUCUCUUUUCAGAUCCUACACUACUAGAACGCACCAUCCGCAAAAGCAAACGUACCGCAUUAAUCGACAACAAUGCAUGUUCAUCGACCGACACUCGCCUUCCACCUUCGAUCGAGACUACUCUUCCGUUGACCGCCCAUACCCACCCAACAUCGAUCGACACUCCACCUUGGACAUCGAUCGACACAAAGCCGCGAAACAUGGUUGCGACACUAGUUCUAAUUCAGGAUGCAACUGGAAACCUGCAUGACCAGGAGGGUCAUCUGCGUAAUGCAGCAGAUCAGAAGAUAGAUGAUCAGGGGGCUGUAAUCCCUGAUAAUGAUGCUGAUAUUGCAGCUGCUCAAGCUGUAGACGAGGCUGCUAGAACGAAGACAUUAGCUGAUUACAACAGGCCAUAUCAGUACUACGAGAAUAGAUCUGCCAUCCGUCCUCCAGCCAUACAGAGGCAAGACUUCAAGUUGAAGCCUCAGUACUUUACACUCGUGGGACAGAGACCCUACUGUGGGUUAUCACACGAGCAUCCUAUGGACCAUCUGGAAAGGUUUGAGGAUCUAGUUUCUCCUAUCAAAGCCAAUGGAGUCCCUGAGGACUAUCUGUUUUCCAAGCUCUUCAAGUACUCACUUGCUGGAGAGGCUUCGUACUGGCUUAAGUAGUUACCACCAGGAUCCCUUACAUCCUGGGCCGAAAUCAAGAAUGCAUUCCUAUGCCACUUCUUUGAUGAGGCACGCGCUAAAGACUUGAGGAGUAAAAUUGCUACAUUCACAUAGGAGCCUACAGAGUCAUUUAAAAGCUUCUGCAUCAGAUUCAAGUCAUUUAAAAAUUGCUCCUAAAGCUCCAUACAUUACCCAAGGUAACGGCAGACCAUCUGGGUCUGAAGAUAGAGCCUUCGCAGGAUUCAUUCACUUUCAUGGAUCAUUCUACGAGGAACUCAGGAGGAAUCAUCAGAGAUGUUGAGGUGCAGAUUAGAAACGCACUAGUUCCAGUUGACUUCCAUGUCCUGGAAAACAAGCAGAACAAGAAUCAUUCUCUACUGCUUGAGAGAGCUUUCAUGGUCACUGUAGGAGCAGUUUGCAACAUGCAGACUAAUCAGCUGUGUCUAACACUGAUAAAUCUUGAUGUCCACUAUGAUCCAGUCAAAGUUGUGAGGCCACGAACAUCCAACACUGGAGUUAACACAUGAUUCAUUGCAGCAUUCCACUGCAAUUAUGAGGAUAAAUACGAGACCGAGUAUUCAGGAUCGAUCGACCGCGGGACACCACCAUCGAUCGACAUUGACAUUCAUCCACCGAUCGACGAUGAGUCUAGAGAAUCGAUCAACAGUAGCCCUGCGAUCGAGACCUUCACCUUGCCAUCACACUGAUAUCCGCGCUUUGACGUUGCUACACAGCCUCAGACAGCGAUUGACUACCACUACGGUGACACGAUCAGCAGACAAGGCAAUUAUUCUAUUGCCUGUUGGGCAGAAGAUAUCCUUCAUGAGAGCUACGCACUGGACACUGAACUACCUGAGAUGAGAUCUGAUGAGUAUGACAAGGACAACCAUAGGGAGAAGAGCAUCAAGUACCAUGGUCUUACCAUGGAUGAUAGAGGACUUCUCCAUACAUCGUCUGCAGAUGUAACGUCAACAUCGAUCGAUAGCAGACCUACACCAUCGAUUGACAGCAGAAACAACCCAUCGAUCGUCAUACGUUACAAACAUCUAUCCGAAGAAUAUUUGAAUAAUAAUACUGAUUAUGAUCUAAUUUCUGAUGAAUUUGGUAUGUUCAGAGAUUCAGAAAGACGAGCACGAGGAAUGCAUGGAAGUAUCCUCAAUGUCUCAAAGGAAGAUUCUGAAGAACUUUUUUCCAUGCAUGGAUCCAACCUCUUUUGCCAACCAAAGAAAGAAUCUGCUACUCGACCAUCGAUCGACAGGAGACCCUUUUCAUCGAUCAACGGUUUAGUCGCGCCAGAGAAGAACAACUACACCAAAGUAGAGAUUGAUGUGUUAGUAGAGGAGAUCUACAGAGUUAUCAGAACUUCAGACGAUUUUCAUUCAAAGAGGCUCGAUGACAUCUACUACCCGAUCGACAACAGUAUCAGUUGGUUGACCAGUAGCAUGGAUGAGAUGAAGCAAAACCUAGCCAUGCUUCAGAAACAACUUGAAGUCGACAAAGGUAAAUCGAAAUCGAUCGACGCUCACACUCAAACAUCGAUCGACACUAGCAUCUUAGCAUCGAUCGACGAACGACUAGCACAAUUCGAAGAUAGGCUACAAUCAUUCACCUAUCGGCUUGAAGGUGUUUACUACCCACUACGUGAUGGUGUAGACUUCCUGACCACACGCCUGGACGCUUUUUAACAGGAGAUGGUUAUGAUUCAGAGACAACUCGAUUCUCAAGCAGAACUGUCACCGUCGAUCGACAGAGGAACUCAACCAUCUAACCACGGCGACUACACAACACUACGAAGCAAGCUGGUUACCGAGAAGUCGCUACAGGAAAAGCUUGAUGAGAUCACUUUCUCUCAAGACUUGCUCAAAGAAGAUGUCUACCAGGAGCUGAAGGACAUCUUAGAAACAACAUAUGCCUACUUGCUCAAAGAAGAUGUCUACUUGGAAUGCAACAACACAACAUUGGCAAUCUUCAACAUAGGAUGCAUGCAAGUGAGGUUGCUGGAGAAAGAUUGAAGAAUCAAUGGACCAGAGGAGAUGAGGCCAUAAGAAGCUUCAUUGGCACAUGGUUCCAUAUGAGCAAAGAUGAAGUGGACACUUGCAUACAACCAAGUGGUCACUUUGAUCAUUACUAAACAAAAACAACCUCUAAAGUCAAGCUAAAUGAAUAUAACAAAGCGUUGAGUGGGAGGCAACCCACUAUUAGGUAAUUUCUUACGGAUUUAUUUAUUCCAUGUUAUUUAAUUUCAUUUUUACCUUAUUGCAGGUCUAAAAAAAUAGAAAAUCAGAAAAACCAGAAAGAGAACCAAGGAGAGAUAACUUGUCAUCGACCAAUGAGCCCAGGUCGACAUCGAUCGACAUCAUAACACCAUCACCGAUCGGUAGACACAUUCCUGUGUCGAUCAACAUCGACAACAUCGACAUCAGCGAUCAGGUAUACCAUUCUCCUUGUUACAUUCAGUACUUAUGAUUUAUAUUCUCACCAAACUCCGGCUAGAUAUACGCUGGUGAUAGUGUAAUUUAAGUCUGGGGGGAGGUUUACUAAUAUUAUUUACCUAAGAGCUUUUUUAAAAUGUUUUUAUAAAGUUUGAUUGAGUCAAGAAAGGGACAAUGAACUUCUACAAUUUUCCUUACUCAUCUAACCACUCUUUAGCACCAUUCUUAGAUUUAUUGACUGCAGAUUGUACUAUAGAUGCUAAAGUGGAUCAGCCUACCAGUUAUUCACACUUGCUGAGAAUGUUUGGAAGAACCAAAGCUGACCUCCAACCCAAUUUAGCUUAACUUGCUUGUCUUAGGGCUUGGUAUACAUUGGAUCGGAAUCCUCCUGCAAGGUAU